AUGAAACUAAUCCUCGCCCUCGCGCUGAGCGCCGCGGCCGCCACGCCGGCGCUGCGCGGCGCCGAGCCGCGCCGCCGCCUCGAGGCGCUCGAGCUCCUCGGCGCCGAGGAGUCCGCUAAAGUAGAAGCCGAGCAGGAGGCGGCGCGCGCGGCGGCGCUCGCCGAGGCCAUGGCCCAGCUCAAGGAGGCCCAGGACAUGAUGGCCAAGGCCGAGGCGCUCAAGGCCGCGGCCGCGACGGCCGAGGCGGCGCCCGAGGCGCCCAAGGAGCCCGCGGCCGCCGAGGCGCCGGCCGAGGAGCGCGUCGCCGUCGCGGCGCCCGCGGCGCCCGCGGCCGGCGACUGGGAGGCCCAGUACAAGGCCCUGGAGGCGGCCAAGGCGGCCAGCGAGGCCGCGGCGGCGCCCGCCGAGCCGGCCGAGGAGCCGGCCGAGGAGCCGGCCGCCGAGCCAUCUGAGCCGGCCGCCGAGGCCGCCGCUGAGCCGGCCGCUGAGCCGUCUGAUGCCGCCGCCGAGCCCGCCGCUGAGGCCGCCCCUGAGGCAUCCGAGGCCAAGCCGGCAGAAGAGCCGGCGGCCGAGCCCGCCGCCGAGGACCCGCCCGCCGAAGCGUCCGCCACUGCGACGGCCGAGGCGACGGAGCCCACGACGACGGAGCGCAUCGCCACGGACGUGGCCGAGCUCGCCGCGGGCGGCGGCGACCCGGCCGUCGCCGCCGAGGCCGCGGCGCUCGUGCAGAAGCUCCAGGCCGAGCUCAAGGAGGAGUCCGCGCUGCUGGCCGCGCUGGCGGCGAAGCUCGACGCUAUGAGGGGAGACGCGCCGGCCGCCAAGGCGGAGACCGAGCCCGCGACUACCGAGCCCGCUACUACCGAGCCCGCGACGACGACGACGACGGCCGAAAAAGCGCUCACGGUCGCCACCUGGAACAUCGCGGCCAUCAACAACAACCCCUUCGAGUACUGGAUCCACUCGGAAGACGAGGCCUACAACAAGUUGAUGAGUGACGUCCAGGCCUUCAUCAGUGAACCGGGCGACAAGGACGUGCGAGUCAAAGAGGUCUUCACGGACGCCAUGUGGGACGAGCUCAAGGAGAAGAUGAAGGGCGCGGGCUGGGCCGGCGUCGACGAUGUGGACGACCUGUGGCAGGACGACUACCGAAGACGCAAGAUCGUCUCGGGCUUCCUGAAGGACGCCGAGCUCGGCUCUAAAAGACUCGCGUCGAUGCCGGACCGCGUCACGAACACGAUUCGAAGCGUCGACGGCAAGAAGAUGCGCCCGACGGUCAUCAACUGCUACGAGCAGGAGUUUUCGUCGCUCCAAGACUGGUGGACGCAGUGGAAGACGUUCAUCUUCGAGACCGAAGUCACGACUAAAAGUGGAGAGGCCCCGAAGCCCGUCUACGGCCUGCUCCAGCCGAUCAAGCGCUCCAAGUAUCCCGCUAUUAGUAUGGCGGAAGAAGCCGUAUCCUUACCUUUACAGACGUUGGCCGGCGCCAUCUUCGACGCUAUCUUAGUGCACAUGAUGCAGAAUGUCGCGGCGGACACGUGGCAGCCUCUCAGAACGCAGCUCUGCGAGGCCCUCAACCGCAAGAAGGACUCGCGGACGCUGGAUAUCCUCGACCAGAAAUACUCAGACGCUGAUAUAGUCUUCGUCCAGGAGGCCGCUUCGUCCUUCGUCGAGGCCGCGAAAGCGCACGCGUUGGGCGAGCGCUACUCUAUCAUCGCGCCGGCUUCCUUGGAUCCGAAGCGCGACCAGAACUCGUUAGUGCUCGUCAAGAAGGGCUUCGGUUCUUUCGAGGAGGUCGACGUGCUGUCUUCGCUAAGUGAUGCUCCGGUCGCCGCCGGCGAUUUGCUGGUGGUGCAGAACGACGAGUACGUCCUCGCGUCUUUUCAUGGAGACACGAACGGUCUGGCCACGAUCCCCAUCACGGACGCCGUGCUCGGCAAGGUAGGCGACAAGACGCUGAUCUUCGGCUUGGACGCCAACACCUACGAGGCGAAGCGCGACGGCUACCAGAACGCGGAAGAGUACCAGGCGCACAUCGUCGAGAAGGGGUUGGCCUCGCAGCGAGGUAGUACCAAGGACAUGGACCCGAAGCUCUACACGACCUUCAACGCUAGGACGUACCUCCAGCCGCAGCUCAACAAGGCCGUAUCGUACGAAGAGCGCUUCACGAACGUGAACGUGGACCGCAACCCCAAGGACUUCGUGCUCUUUUCUACGUCGUUGGAGCUCGUCUCCACCAGCCGGGACAACACGGCCAAAACGUCGUCGUCGUCGGGCGAGCCCAAGUACGACAACGAGAAGAUGUUCCCAACCCUCAAGUUCCCCUCGGACCACGCGAUCACGAAGGUGGUCCUGAAGGCGAAGAACUAG